GAGUUUGCGCAAUACACAAGUUACGGGGCAGGGUUUGGGUUGUUGUUGCAGAAAAAAAGAGGUGAAGAGAUUAUUUCUGUGAAGCUGUAUGAGGUUGCUAGGUGUGCCCCUCCCUGCCAUGAGAGCUGACCAGGUCCCCAGCCCCUCCUCCUUCUGCAGUUGAUGGAUCUGCAGCUGGUCUGGAGAUGACAGACAGUGUCAGGGCCUUCCUCCGCAAUGUUGCGACGGGGAUUAAGGACUCCAUUUUGGGGAUCGGAACUAUCUCCAAGCUGGAUGCCCGCAUCCAGCAGAAAAGGGAGGAGCAGCGAAAGAGGAGAGCCAGCGGCGCCCUGGCUCAGAGACGGGCCCAGAGUGAGGAACGCAAACAGGAGAGUGAACCCAAAUUAGCCAGUAGGAUUUUUCAGUGCUGUGCGUGGAAUGGGGGAGUGUUCUGGCUCAGUCUGUUCCUCUUCUAUCGGGUGUUUAUUCCACUGCUGCAGACUCUGACAGCAAGAAUCAUCGGUGACCCCUCUCUCCAUGGCAAUGUGUGGUCCUGGCUGGAGUUCAUAUUGACCUCAGUGUUCAGUGCUCUCUGGGUGCUCCCACUGUUUGUGCUCAGCAAGAUAGUCAACGCCAUCUGGUUCCAGGACAUAGCUGACCUGGCGUUUGAGGUGUCUGGUCGGAAAGCCCAGCCUUUCCCCAGCGUCAGUAAGAUCAUCGCUGACAUGCUCUUCAACCUCCUCCUCCAGGCUCUCUUCCUCAUUCAGGGUAUGGUUGUGAGUCUCUUCCCCAUCGAUGCCAUUGGACAGAUGGUCAGCCUUCUUCACAUGUCUCUGCUCUACUCCCUCUACUGCUUUGAGUAUCGCUGGUUCAACCAUGGCAUUGAGAUGCACCAACGGCUGUCCAACAUUGAGAGGAACUGGCCCUACUACUUUGGGUUUGGUCUUCCCAUGGCUCUGUUGACUGCCCUCCCCUCUUCAUAUAUUAUAAGUGGCUGUCUGUUCUCCAUCCUCUUCCCGCUGUUCAUCAUCAGCGCUAACGAGGCCAAGACCCCAACAAAGCUAUACCACUUCCAGCUGCGCCUAUUCUCUCUGGUUGUGCUGAUUAGCAACAAGCUGUUCCACAAGACGGUCCACCUACAGUCGUCCCUGACUUCGUCCACCUCCACCGAGAAGCUGCCCCCCUCUCCCCACGCCUCGCCUGCCCGCCAGAGACCAAUACCCUCCCAGUAAUGACCACCGGGGGUGACAAAGGAGCAGCUUAGCAACUGCUUAGUAAACCAAUGGAGGAGCAGUUGAUUCUUUCUGUGGAAGGAUCUCUCUCAUCCGGACAGGAAGAGGAAUUAUGUUUGUUUUAGUUAAAGGGGGGUUUUAUGUGAUUUUAAUGAUUCUACUACAGCCCUUCAUAUUCUUUUGGAGCACCUGCCAGGUGUGUUUUUAAUGUGAAUGACGAAUAUGGAGAUUUGACUGCCCUGUGCCUCACGCUCAAACACACAUGAAUAUUAUAUAUCUUUCUCAUAAUUUGUUUUAAUUGUUUUUUAUGUAUGAUGUGCCAUUUGAGUGCUUUAAAUACAGCACAAGCAGUCAUAUACAUUGUUUUCUUCAGUUUUUUUGUUCUGCUCUUUUCAAUUCCAACUACAAUGUUUGCUACCUAUUGUUUGUUUAAUCUGUUAAUCACCCAGUGACUGAUCCCAGACUGCUUUGUAUAAAACACUUGAUGUGGAAAAGGAAAAGGUUAAAUUUUUUACAGGACUGAUGUUAUCAGUGCUUGACUUGGACUGAAGUACAUGCCGUGCCGGUAUUCAUUUUGGGUACCAGUACUGUUUAGGUGCAGGAGCUCCACAAUACUUAUGAGAUAAUAUUUUAUAAGAGAAACAGGAGCUGAAGGCUCCGGUGAGCUCCUGCCCAAGUCAAGCACUGCAUGUUAUGUUACUAUAUGUUCUGAAUGACAGACGGAGCCUUAGACACUGGUCACAUGAUCCUUGGUAUUCCUUUGUUUGAGGAAUUAGCACAGAGACGCAGCCAGUGACUAGACAUUCAUCCAAGUUUGUGUGAAUAAAAUGAGUCUGUUCUCCUUUUUCAGUGAAGGGGGUGACAUGUUUGCGAUGUUCAAAAGUAAAGCACAAGAGUAAUUUUUCUGUGUUGCAAGUGACAUUCCGUUCACCCUGAUAGGAUGCUGUCUUGUUCAUGAAUAGCUGUUUCGCUGUAAAGCCAGGGCGGCACUGCUACUCCUCUGGCCAAGGAAUAAUCUUGUGCGGUGAAAACAAAGGGACACUAAUUUUUUGUGCUUUUUUUAGAGGAUCUUAAUUUUUACGCUUUCAGCAUGGAGCUGGGACUGUAUCCACGUAGGCUGCAAAAUACCAAUUAGUGGGAAAAAUAUCAGAAUUGGGUUGCAUAUGUAAACGCAGCCAAAGCGUCGCUGAUCUAGGAUCUGUCCAUACAAUCUUAUAUAUAUUAUUAGUCCAAACUGAUGCUAGAUCAGCACUCCUACUCCUGAGACACUUUGUGAAUACUUGGCCUGAUCUAAACAUCACACAACAAAGGAAGAGCAUCCUUACUUAACAAAUCCAAAUAUUAAAUCACUGGUUGUUGUGUGGUGAAGCUAGCUAUUUUGAGGAAGCAGUUUUCUAUAGGGGUGUAAUAGACUGCGUUUCACAGGCAGCCCAAUUCAGAUAUGUUUUUCACUAAUUGGUCUUUUGACCAGCUCUGAAAAAGAGCUGAUGUGAAAAGAUCUGAUGUGAUUGGUCAAAAGACCAAUUAGUGGAAAAAAUAUCAGAAUUGGGCUGCCUGUGUAACCGCAGCAUUAGACGGACAGGUGAAGCUGUAUGACUGCUGCUGGGUCAGAUCAGAUGACACUGCCAAACUGCUUUAUCUACUACUCUGUUUGACUAACUUCUGCUUCGAAUCAAUUGGACACCAAGCACUGUAGUGUAGGAACUAGGAAGACGUCACUGAGCUGAACUUCUGACAGAUUUUCUCUUCAAGUAACAGACAAGGGAGAAGCCCUCUGUGCUUGUUAUGUUCCCCCUUGAGCAGUGGCAAAAAAAAUGUGGGGGCUUCUUGUUUUACGUGAUGUCACUUGGCUCUAAUGUUCAACCAAAUCCUCACCAUGGGGAUUACCAUCAUCUAGCUUUCACCUAGUCAUCUUAUCUCAUGGGUUGCGGGGGAAGCGUUUUUGAAACGGUAUGUAAUAAUUGUAUGAAGUGCAUAGUGUUUAUGUAUGCAGAUUGAUAUUUGUGAGUUAGGUUUUCUAAAAGUAUUGCCUAAAUAAAAACAUCUACUUGGAA